AUGGAGCUUUAUACUAUUAUCAAAGAGUUCAAAGGAAAGAAGAUUGAAGAAAAAUUUUCGCUGUUGGAAGAAAGACUUGUGCAACUAACUUCAUGUCCACCCAAAGAAACAACGGUUCUUACCCGUUAUUUAAAAUAUUUCAAGACCAGUUUCAAAGAAAGAUGGUCGGCAGCCCGUAAUACUGAUAAGAGAUUCGUAAAAAACAAUAUGGAAUGGCUUAAUGUAUCACUGGAACUACCUACUUGGACCCACAAAGCAGGCCGACCAACAAAAGAAUUCAGAGAAUUGUGUGAUCGAAGCAAGCGUCGAAGAACACAAGAUUUACGGGACCGGGUACCUGUUGAGGAAUUGACGUACGCUGCAAGAGUGAGUCAAGGUACUUCGGGAAAUAUUGAUGCGUCUAAGAUUAUGAAAGAAAUAACAUCAACGCCAACCAGAGCUAAAAUGUUCCGAAAAGCAAUAUCGUCAGCUAAAAACGUACCAAUUGCGAGAAAAUACACACCACAAGAAGCAUUAGCGUUAUUUGUAGAAGGUAAUUUUACAAGAGGGCAGUGGGAAUUAUUACAAGGUGGCCGAAAAGAAAUUUAUCCUUGCUAUUCGCUUUUACAAAAAGCGUAA